AACAGAAAUGACUGAAAAUGGAAACCGAAGAUGACCACAUCUCCACCAGUAAAGAUGAAAAAGAGAGUGCUGAUAUAGAUGACCUAAGUGGGAAGAGUAGUGACCACUCUAAAGAAGAACCACCAGGACCUGGUGCCAGUCACAUGGAGGAUUGUCCAAACGCCAAGACCAACGAUUUGAAGCAACCACACAAGACUACGCUCUUUGUUCCAGUAAAAGAGACACAAUGGCCCAUUGUUUACUCGCCUGAUUAUAAUAUUGGAUUCCUUGGGCUUGAGAAACUUCAUCCAUUCGAUUCAGGAAAAUGGGGGAAAGUUUUCAAUCACUUAAAAGAGGCUGGUAUGAUUAAUGAUGAAACAAUAGUGCGCCCUCUUGAGGCAACGGAGGAAGAUCUGCUGGUUGCGCACACCAAAAAAUACCUUGACAGUUUAAGAGAAAACAUUGCUGUAGCUAUCCCUGAGUGGAGUGUGACAGUCGCAAGAAUAACAGAAAUACCUCCAGUGGCUCUUCUUCCAAAUGUUGUAGUUCAGAAGAAAGUACUUAAGCCACUUAGAAUACAAGCCGGAGGUACAAUCCUGGCUGGCAAGUUGGCUGUUGAGCGUGGCUGGGCAAUCAACAUAGGUGGAGGUUUUCAUCAUUGUUCCAGUGAGAGGGGAGGCGGUUUCUGUGCUUAUGCAGACAUUACAUUAGCCAUCAAGUUCCUUUUGGAGCUUGGUCUUGCUACAAAGGUGAUGAUAGUUGAUCUCGAUGCCCAUCAAGGCAAUGGCCAUGAAAGAGACUUCAUGAACAUGCAGGAUACAGUCUACAUCCUCGAUAUGUUUAAUAGAAACAUCUACCCUCAUGAUGGAUUUGCAAAACGAGGAAUAAGAAGGAAAGUUGAGCUAGAUUUUCACACAGAAAAUGGUCCAUUCCUGAGAGCUGUUGAAAAACAUUUGAAGCAAGCUUUAGAGGAAUUCCUGCCAGAUUUAAUUGUAUACAACGCUGGUACUGACAUAUUAGAAGGUGAUCCAUUGGGGGCAUUAUCCAUUACACCAGAGGGCAUUGAACAGAGAGAUCAGCUGGUGUUUGAGAUUGCUAGGAAGCGAAGCAAACCCAUACCAAUCUUAAUGGUUACAUCAGGCGGAUACCAGAGGAAUAAUGCACGGAUUAUAGCUGACUCUAUACUUAACCUAAGACAUUUGAAGCUGAUUGAAUGCACACAGGCAGAGGAGUACCUUCAGGAACUAGUUGCUGCAUCAUCUCCAGAUGUCUCUACAGAAGCAACGUCAAGCACCAACCCAUCCAGAAGUUGGGGCUCAUUCUUCACCAAGAAAUUCAAGAAGUAAAACAAAACUAUUUUAACUAUUUAAAUGUAUGAUACUUGUGGGUUAUUUAAAGCCAUCCAACUCUAAACUAAGUACAAUUUUGUCAGUAAGGUAAAAAAACCUUUAACAGCAACUCAAGUGCAUGGAUUCAGUAUGGUGGAGCAACUGUGUACAGAAAUAUCCAUUUACUGUGUUGAUGUAUUCACCACAUCAGGGCUCAGUUUCAUAGAGCUACUAGUCACAAAAAUUUGCUUAGCAUGAAAUUUAUUCCUUGAUUAAAACAGGAUUACCAACCAAAUUUCCACAUGCUUUUCAGGAUAUUAGCAAGCAACAGUUGAAUACCAGUAACAAGCAAUAUGCAGCAAAUGAAAAGUUGGUUGGUAAUGCUGUUUUCGUCAAGGAAGAAAUUUCAUUCUAAGCAAAUUUGUUUGCUUAGCAGCUCUAUGAAAUUGGGCCCAGGCGUGUAGCAACAGGAUUGUCUAGACCUUCUUACAGUCUUCUUUCCAAUAACUUUUGUUGCUAAAACAAAUAGCAUUUGCUCAAUGUAUCCAUUUAAUUUUAUUAUAAAUGGUCAAGCAGUGGGAGGGUUAAUCCACUGCAUUGUAUUUUAAUCCCAUCAAGUCAUAUGCAGCUAAUAAGCUGAUUGGCAACAGCUUCCUGUAGUGACGUCAUAGUUUUCCUGAUGUUCAGUAAAAGUGAGAAAGCUACAAACAAAUAUACCAAUUGAAAAGAAUAUUUGUGAAAUUUUCUUGGAGUUUCAAACCUUUUAAAAACACUGGACACUAUUGGUUAUUGUCAAAGACCAGUCUUGUCACUUGGGUUUUUUUUUCAACAUACA